AAUAGAACUAAAAAUAGCCAUCCCAAAAACACAAAUUCCUCAAACACUCAUCAUCUUCAUCUUUCUUUCACUAACCCUAAUUCCAAAAUCUGUCAAAGAUAUGUCUGCUACUCGUACCUCUGGAUCCGAAACCUCUCCGGAACAAAAACAACCAUCGCCGAAAACGCAGGAAUUGGGUGAUGAUGAUGACAACGAGGUUACAUUGGUUCCCUACAAGUAUUUUGAGAUAGAAGAGGAAGAUGAGAUGACGCAUGAGGAUAGUUUGAGGUACAACAAACAGGUCGAGGAGAGCGGGGGGUUUGAUGUUGAAGCUUUCCCCCCUUGUUCCGAUUGUAUUAUAAGACCUUUGGGGAAAUUAGACAAGAGACUUCGUAAGAAGCUUGAAUGCUAUUCAAAGAGGGCAAUUGCUGAAUUCAACUUGAAAAAUAGCACAAAUUUCCAGUUUGUGAAGGUCCACAAGGCAAAUGCACGGCUGGUCAGUGGCCUGGAGUAUUUUAUUACGUUUGCUGCCAAGGAUCCUGCUGCUACUGAAUCUGAGAUCUUCCAAGUUUCUUUGUAUGCUCCUAUAGGUGCAAACAUAGAGAUCUACCUUUGUCAGAUUAAACCAAAGGCUUAGAGGUGACAAUAAGUUCUACCAAGAAGAAAGCAACCCAGAGGAAUUUGUGGAGAUGUGAUUUACUUAAUUGUAAAAACCAUAGUGUUUUUUUUUUUCCCUGAACCUUUUAUAAUAUUUAUUUGUUUUAAGAAACACUUUCUUUGUAAUAUUAGUAUCAGUUGUAUUUUUUAAUUAUGUUGUGAAGUUUAUUGUUCAGCAAUGUUACAUAUCACUAAUUUGGUAGCU